AUGCUGGUCCUGGAGUCCACUUCUAUCUCUGCUGCUGAUUUGAAUGAAACAGUGAAUUCUUCAUUUCCUCAAGAAAUGGAAAGUACUGGCCCUAAAGGAGCAAGGAAGAAGAUGCUGAUUGAGGAAGUUCUUGCCAGAUCUAAUGCUCUGUCUGAUCCUCUAUCUCCUAAGUCGAAAUCUGGUAUGAUAAUCCCUCGUCAACUUAGUAAAUCUCCAAAUUCUUGGUCGGUUCAAGUUGAAGAUUUGAUUGAUUCCGAUCUAAAUGAGAUAAUAGAUCAAAAUAUGGAUUCCAGCUCUGCUGCUACUGGCUCUGAUAAAUUUGUUAAGAAUAAUGCAGAUCUGGAAAGAAAUGAAAAUGAAAUCACUGUUGAAAAUCAAGUAAGAAAGGAUGGAUUAAAUGAAAAUGAACCUGUAGCAUCAAAAUCUUUUGCUAGUCUUUUCUCUGAUAACAGGAAGCAAGGUUAUGGAUUGUCAUUGAACUUUAUUCCAUCCGAUCAAGGUCAUUCUGUAUCUUUCUCGGAAUCUGAAUGGAAAGAAGGUGAAGAUUUUUGGAGAUUUACUUUAAUUGGUCAUAUUACUGGAUUAAAUGUGAAAUUUAAGCCCAUGGAAACAUAUGUCAACAAGAUUUGGGGAAAAAUCUCAAUUCCUAAAGUCUACCUGAUCAAGCAAGGGGUUUUUCUUUUUGAAUUUCAUAAUAAACAACAAAUGGAUAAUGUACUAGAGGCUGGUCCUUGGUUCUUUGGCUCAAGACCAUUAGUUUUGAAACCUUGGACAAUCGACACUGAUGUGGAAAAAAUCCAAGACUGCACCUAUCCAAUGUGGGUUCAAUUCCCAAAUUUGAGAUUAAACUUGUGGAGCUCUUCAGGCAUAAGUAAGAUUGCUAGCCUCAUAGGUAGCCUCAUAGGUAAUCCCAUCACUACUGAUAAGCUUACGGCUAUGAGACAAAGGUUAUCUUAUGCUAGGGUCUUGCUUGAAGUUGAUUUGCCUUUAAAAGAGGCCUUGCCUGAUCAAUUAAUCAUUCAAAGUCCAGAUGGGAAAAAGUAUAUACAGAAAGUGGUAUAUGAAUUAAAGGCAAGAUGGUGUACCAAUUGCAAAAUGGUAGGGCAUGAAGUUGAUCAGUGUAGAAGAUUAACAAUGAAGAAAAUAUGGGUUCCAAAACAGGUUGCUGGCAAUUCUGACAAACAUGCACAACCUACAAAUGGAAUAUCUGAUCAAUUGCCUGAAGGAGAGAUAUUUUUAUCUAAUCAAGUUCCUGGAGGGAUCUCAACUAGGAAACAUGCACAGCAAAUGUCUGGAGGAGUGAUAGAUUCAUUUAAUCAAUUACCUGGAGAGAUUUCAUCCAGGAAUCAUGCACAACAAGAGUCUGGGCACAUUCCUGCAGUGCUUAUCUCUUCUGUGAAUUCUACAAAUGGAACAUCUGAUCAAAUAUCUGGAGGUGAGAUGGAUGUUCAAAUAGCUGGAGGGGAUUCAAAACAUGCACAAACAGUGCUGUGCAGCAAUAAUAUGCAGGUUGAUAAGGGGAAAUCUGUUUAUGAACCUGGGCAUGUGACAAAUCCUGCUAUGCAAAAAAUAUCCCCUUCUGUGAAUGCCAGUGGCUUUACAAGUCCAAGAAAAUGGUUAAAGAUUGGGAUUGGAUUUCUAAUUCUCAACAGGCAGGAAAUGGUAGAAUAUGGAUUCUAUGAGACAGCAAUAUUCUUAUAUGCCCUUAAUGAUCAAGAAGGGAGGAAAAAUCUCUGGAGAGACUUGUUAAUUUUCAAGCAAAGUGUCAAUUCUCCUUGGUUUGUGGGUGGAGAUUUCAAUACUAUUAUCAGUAAUGAAGAGAAAAUAGGGGAAUCUCCUGUUACAGAUUCUGAGACUGAGGAUUUUAGCAAUUUCAUUACUUCAUGUUUGGUAACAAUAGUUGAUGACAUCUGUGAAGGUAAAAAACCUUUCAAAUUCUUCAAUAUGUGGAUCAAGCAUCCUGAAUUCAGCAAAGUUGUUAAAUCUGUAUGGGAGCAGAAUUACAGGGGUUUCUGCAUGUAUAAACUGCAUAUGAAAUUGAAAAAUCUCAAACCUGCACUGAAAGAUUUGAACAAAAAACACUUCAUGAAUAUCAGUGAGCAGGUCUUGAGGAAAAAAAGUAAUCUCUCUGAUAUCCAACUCCAGCUUAAUGAUGAUCCUUUCAAUUCUGAUCUAAUAUCAAAAGAGAAGGAAUGUUUGAGUAGAUAUAUGAAACUGGUUGAUUUUGAAGCUUCUUUCUUCAGACAAAAAGCUAGCAUCAAAUGGGGACUGUAUGGGGAUAAGUGCUCUCACUUCUUUCACUCUGUUAUGAAAGCCAGAAGAAAUAAAAAUAAGAUUCUAUCCUUGUACACUGACAAUGGUGAGAGGCUAACAGAUAUUUCAGAUAUUACAUCUGAAUUCAUUAGUUAUUACACCAAUCUCCUGGGCACUACUGGGCAAACUAUGGAGACUGACCAAAGGGUGAUAUCAAAUGGUCCUAUUCUCUCCUCUACUCAAAGCAGCUGCCUGAGUUCUCCAGUCACAAGAGAUGAAAUUAAACAAGCCUUGUUUUCUAUUCCUAGUGAAAAAGCUCCUAGACCUGAUGGGUAUAAUGCCUCUUUUUUCAAAGCUGCCUGGAAUGAAAUUCAAGAGGAUGUCUAUCUAGCUACAGAGGAGUUUUUCAGGACUGAGGAGUUUUUCAGGACUGGUAAGCUUCUUGGUGCUAUCAACUCUACAUCAAUCACCUUAAUACCAAUAAUCCUUAACCCUAAAACUCCUUCAGACUAUAGACCUAUUUCCUGUUGUAAUUGUGUUUACAAUAUAAUCUCCAAAAUCAUUGCAAAUAGAAUUCAGGGAGUAAUUGGUUUUCUAGUUAAUGAAGCCCAAAGUGCUUUUAUCAAAGGAAGGCUCAUUAAAAGUAACAUUAUGCUUGCUCAUGAUCUUAUAAAGCACUAUGGCAGAAAACACACAUCCCCAAGAGCAAUUCUUAAUAUUGAUUUGAGGAAAGCUUUCGACACCAUAAACUGGAAUUUUAUUCACUCUAUGUUACUUGGUAUGGGUUUCCCUGUGACUAUGGUUAAAUGGAUCAUGGAGUGUAUCACCACCUCCAAAUUCUCUCUAUCUCUUAAUGGUACUUUGCAUGGAUACUUCAAAGGAGCUAGAGGCUUAAGACAAGGGGAUCCCCUCUCACCAUACUUAUUUGUUCUUGGGAUGGAGUAUCUGUCCAGAAAAUUAAAUUCUCUCAAAAAUGACAGUCUCUUCAGAUACCAUCCCAAAUGCUCAAAGCUCAAGAUAACCCACUUAUUUUUUGCUGAUGAUUUGUUGCUCUUUUGCAAAGCUGAUAUUCAUUCAAUAGCAAAAUUGAAGGAGUGCCUCUCUGAGUUUAGUAAAGUUUCUGGGUUAGAAACCAAUCCUAAUAAAUGUUCUAUAUACAUGAGUGGCAUUGAUAAUAGUCUAAAGCUUCAGAUUUGCUCAUUGCUCAAUUUUUCUGAGGGUGUUCUACCAGUGAGGUAUCUGGGUGUUCCCCUGAUCUCGAAAAGACUGUCAUGCAUGGAUUGUUCCCCCCUGAUCAAUAAGAUAUCUGAGCAAUUCCAAUGUUGGCAAAAGAAGAAAGCACUGUCCUAUGCUGGUAGACUGCAACUUAUUAAAUCAGUUAUACUGGGUAUCCAUCUCUUUUGGACAAGCAACUACAUACUGCCAGUCAAAGUCUUAGAGAAAAUUGAUAGUUUAUGCUCUGAUUUUCUAUGGAAUGGCAAAAUUCAUCUUGUGUCCUGGUCAGAUAUCUGUCAAAUUUACAUAUGGAAUAGAGUCAUGGACUGGCUGAAUUACAAAUGGAGAUCUUGUAUCUGGGAUAAUAUUGUUGAUUGGUAUACCUUGAGGUUAAAGGGUGAGGGAUUUUUGAAGAAGCUUAAGAGAAUGGCUUUGUCUGUUUCAGUCUAUGCUAUAUGGCAAGAGAGAAAUCGGAGGAUCUUCCAAUCCAUUGCAAGAGGGCCUGAACCUGUUUUUAGAUCUGUGAAGAUUACUAUUCUAUCAAAAAUUCUAAAUGAUGACAUACAUGUCUAUAUAAAGGAAAAGAUAGAGCACAUGUAA